CCAUAAACUCCAUUGAUGCACCAAGAACCCCAAAACCACACCCUCCCCUCAUACACCCCCAUCCCCCUCCCCCCCAAUCUGCCGCACCCACUUCAUCAUCCAUCCAUUCAACGGCCCCGCAAACCCAUGUACCUGGCCCAAAUGCUGCAACAACUUAUCCUUCCUCACAAAUGUCCGCUCCCCCUCCUCCCGCGCCGCACAGUUCAACGCCCGGUGCUCCGUCUCCAAAUGCCUCCCCGUCGGUUCUCCCUCCCCACAAAACACACAACACCUCCCCCCUCCUCCUUUUCCUCCUAUCCCAUCCUCCCCACUCAUCUUCCCCAUCCUCUCUCCCACCUCCACCACCGCUCCCCCCAACAAACACGUCCACGCCUCCCUCGGCGCAUGAAUCGACGACACAUGCCUCUGCAAGUCGCUCUUCCGCCGAAACCCGGCCCCGCAUACCACACAGCGAUGUGGCCUCCCCGGGUCCCCCGCGGGCAUCUCCCGGCGCACCUGCCACGAGAGCAGCGC